AAUGCCAAUUACUAUCAAAUCUAUCCGCGUUCGUUUAAAGAUAGCGAUGGUGAUGGUAUCGGUGAUUUAAAUGGCGUAACACAAAAGUUGCAGUAUCUUAAAGAUAUUGGCUUCACCGCCGCUUGGCUUUCACCGAUUUUUAAAUCGCCCAUGGUUGACUUUGGUUACGACAUCUCCGAUUUCUAUGCCAUACACCCCGAAUAUGGCACAAUGGCGGAUUUCAAAGCGCUUGUCGCACGCGCCAAACAAGUUGGCAUUCGUAUAAUACUCGACUUUGUGCCGAAUCACACAAGUGACGAGUGCGAAUGGUUCGUGAAGUCGGUGAAUCGUGAACCGGGCUACGAAGACUUCUACGUCUGGUCYAAUGGCACUGUGGAUGCAAACGGUAAACGGCAGCCGCCGAGUAAUUGGAUCAGCGCAUUCCGUUAUAGCGCCUGGCAGUGGAACGACAAGCGUCAACAAUAUUAUUUGCAUCAGUUCUCCAUCAAACAGGCAGACUUGAAUUUCCGUAAUCCAYUCGUGGUGGCCAAAAUGAAAGAGGUGAUGCGCUAUUGGUUGGAUACUGGGAUUUCGGGAUUUCGCAUUGAUGCAAUCCCAUUCAUGUUUGAAAAGGAACCAUAUGCAAAUGGUAGCUACCCCGAUGAGCCUGUUAUUGAUAAUGUAAGCGUCUGUCCAGAUCCCGACGACGAGUGUCACUUGAAACACAUCUACACACAAGAUCAACCGGAAUCUAUAGAGAUGGUAUAUCAAUGGCGCGAACUCGUUGAGCAAUAUCGUAAGGAGAAAGGCGGCGAAUCGAUUGUACUCUUAACUGAGGCCUAUACAAGUCUGGAUAAUUUAAUGCUGUAUUAUGGUGAUGGUCAGCGAAAUGGUUCGAUGGUGCCUUUCAAUUUCUACCUUAUGCGAAAUUUGAAGAAUGAUUCCACGGCGCCACAAGUUGUGGAUUACAUUCAACAAUGGAUGACACGCAUGCCAUUGGGCGUACAGGCCAAUUGGGUAUUGGGUAAUCACGAUAAUCCAAGGUAUUCUACGCGUUUGGGUGUACAACGUGCGGACUUGUUCACGAUCAUGCUGCAGACCUUGCCGGGAAAUGCGGUGACCUACAAUGGCGAGGAGUUGGCCAUGACAGAUGGUAAGGUCACCUGGGCGCAAACUGUUGACCCGCAAGGCUGCAAUGCAAACCCCAGUAACUAUGAGAGCUAUUCGCGCGAUCCCUGUCGUACACCCUAUCAAUGGGAUGGGACGAAGAAUGCAGGCUUUUCGUCCGCCGCGCGCACUUGGCUGCCAGUCGCCAGUAAUUAUCGCACAAAUAAUGCCUUGGCUCAAUUGCGUGCACCCAAAAGUCAUUUACAGUUAUUUAUGAAAUUAAUUCGCCUACGCCAAAUGCGCUCGCUACAAGAUGGCGCAUUAAAGAUAAAAGCAAUCGGCAACGACAUUAUCGUCUACUCACGUGAGGCAUCGGGUGACGAUAUGUUUGUGAUUGUGCUCAAUCUGGGCGGCAACAAGCAGACUUUGAAUAUCAAUCAGUACUUCGAUAUGGGUGCCCAGGCGGAGGUGAUUACUUCAUCAAUGCAGUCGGGAUAUCAUGACGGUGUUAUCAUUGACCCAAGCAAGUAUGUGGCUGAGCCGUAUGUUGGUGUGGUUUUGGUGAAGUUAUGAAAUAGCCUUCGCUUGGGUUGGAUUUUACCAAAUAUUAUGGUCAACAAUUAYAACUUUYCYAGUUUUAUACAAUUUUUGUGAAAGCAAUAAUGUGCAAAUAAAGCAAUAACUAAUUAA